AUGGGCUUAGAAAAGUUUCAGCGUUAUCCCUUGACGUUUGGCCCCUCUCCAAUCACCCAUAUGAAGAGACUAUCUGCGGCACUGGGGGGCGACGUGGAGAUCUAUGCAAAGAGAGAAGACUGUAAUAGUGGUCUAGCAUUUGGAGGGAACAAGCUCAGAAAGCUCGAGUACCUAGUGCCGGAAGCUGUGGACGGUGGAUACGAUACCUUGGUCUCAAUUGGAGGCAUCCAGUCCAACCAAACCAGACAAGUCGCCGCGGUUGCUGCCCACUUAGGGAUGGAUUGCGUACUUGUGCAGGAAAACUGGGUGGAUUAUCAAGCAGAGGUCUACGACAAGGUUGGAAAUAUUGAGUUAUCCAGAAUCAUGGGAGCUGACGUAAGACUAAAUUCGGCUGGAUUUGACAUAGGAAUCAGAAAAAGCUGGCAGGAAGCCAUGGAGAGCGUCAAAGCAAAGGGUAAAAAGCCAUUCCCCAUCCCUGCUGGCUGCUCUGAACAUCCUUACGGUGGCUUGGGCUUUGUGAACUUUGCUCAUGAAGUGGUAGAACAGGAGAAAACCCUUGGUUUCGAGUUUGAUUACAUUGUAGUUUGCGCUGUUACUGGGAGCACCAUGGCAGGAAUGGUGGUAGGCUUUGCAUUCCAUGACCGCCAAAAGAAAGUCAUUGGAAUAGAUGCUUCGGCAAAGCCUGAGCAGACAAGAGAGCAGAUUUUUAGAAUCGCUAGAAACACAGCGGAGCUCGUUGAACUUCCUUUUCAACUAACCCCAGAUGAUAUUAUUUUAGACGAAAGAUUUGGGGGGCCGGCCUACGGCCUACCAAACGAAGGCACCAUGGAGGCUAUCAGACUUUGUGGUAAGUCUGAGGGGGUUCUGGUUGAUCCCGUUUACGAAGGCAAGUCUAUGGCGGGUCUCAUUGGCCUCAUAAAAGAACAAAAAAUCCCCAAAGGCUCUAAAGUCCUUUACGUCCACUUGGGAGGGGCUCCCGCUUUGAAUGCAUAUGCGGAUCUGUUUGUUCAAGGCUAA